UCAAGGCCAUUACAUAGCCUCUGUAAUCCAGGGUUUAUAUACAUCACUUCCUGCAAACCAUUCAAUAUCAGUAGACCAAAAUGGCCAUCGUCAAUAACUUGUAUUUUCUUGCUUUAUUGUUUGUAACAUUAAUAGUUGCAUUGGCUAGUGCCGAUGACCGGACGAAAACAGUGGAAUUCAACGUAAAACCCGGCGGAGAGGUGCACACGUUCUCCGAGAAAAUGAGAGAAUAUGAAUGUUCAUUUACUUAUGCAUCACAAGGGGGAACCAAUGAGCAAUGGCUGAUGAGUGUGGGCCUAAGUGAUGAUGACGGCCUGUUCUCCUGCUCAGUGUGGAGACCCCAGGGGAAGUCCUACUUGUUUUUCACUCAGUUCAAGGCCGAGCUGAAAGGAGCCAAGAUUGAAUAUGCCAGCGCAUAUUCCCAGACUGCAGUGGGAGGACAGAGGGAUGUGACUUUGAGGGAAGAUGAAUUCACUGUGGGAGAUUCUACAGUGACCCACAAAGACGGGAAGUUCCGCGCUGAGCUCUCCAAACUGACCAUUAUUGGCCGGACACGACACGAUGAGCUCUAAUUGGCUGGAAAUCUGAAUGACUAUUGUCAUGUCGUCCUAUCGUGAGAUCCAGGCGAGCUCUCAAGGCAGGCAAUGUGCUCUACUGUCCACGACAGUGGCAAAUGGAUGGCAUUUAAACAAAGGACACCCUAUCAGCUUGGUCUACAACUUUACUGUUCAAUAAAUCUAUAUAUUUUGGGGGAUUUUUUUUUUUUUUUUUAGGAAUAUGGCUUUACUGUAUGAUAAUGUAUAUGGGGAUGUCUGAUCUUGGCGGGUUUAGAAAGAUGUAGUCUCAGAGGAUUUCUAAGUCUUAUGCUAAGCCAGGGAAAUGUGAGUAGUCUAGUCUUCAUCGUGCACACGUAAACACAAUUAUGUUUUUUCCAAUCAGCUGCUUCUCUCUGGAAGUAAAUGGUUAACCCGGACAGAGUAGGGCAGGGAGCCCAGUUUCUGUGUUUUUGAUCUGCACGGAGCACCUGAUUCAACCAACCAAUCGUCAUUCAAUGCUGUUGAUGACGUUUUACUCCUACCAACAGUCUUACUGAAGCUAGGUUGAGCUUUAGAACAGACACUCAUUUGGCCCACCAGGAUUAGAGAUGUACUGUCUUGCCUUGAUUUAUGGGACAGGUAGCUAGCAGCACGUACCAUAUCCAUCCAGGUUUAUCCCUCUGUCCAGAGGAGGACCUUUGUGUUGAUAGUGGAGUCCCCCUCCUCGCCAGCGAGAGUCCCUGGGGUCCCAACAGGAAAUGCCACAAGGCGCUGACAGGCAUCGAGAGACAAACAGAAAGUUAAAAAUGUUUUAAAGUCUUUUCUACUGUGUUCUGAUUCACAAUGUGCAACGUAUGCUCCAAUAAAAGUCAUGUCUGAGAAUGUGAAA